UCACCUCCACCAUCUUACCAUUACAAAUCUCCUCCCCCACCAUCUCCAUCAUCACCACCAUCUUACUAUUACAAGUCUCCUCCUCCACAAUCACCAUCACCUUCACCAUCUUACUAUUACAAAUCUCCUCCCCCGCCAUCCCCAUCACCACCACCAUCUUACUAUUACAAGUCACCUCCUCCACCAUCUCCAUCACCACCUCCGUCAUAUUACUAUAAGUCUCCUCCACCACCACCAUCAUCUCCCCCACCACCAUACUACUACAAAUCUCCCCCACCACCAUCUCCUUCUCCUCCUGCCCCAUACUAUUAUAAGUCACCACCACCACCAUCGCCAUCUCCUCCAACACCCUAUUACUAUAAAUCUCCACCUCCACCAUCGCCCUCACCUCCACCACCCUACUAUUACAAGUCUCCUCAUCUGCCAUCACCUUCUCCUCCACCUCCAUACUACUACCUCUCUCCACCUCCACCAGUAAAGUCUCCUCCUCCCAUUUACUACAACUCACCUCCUCCACCAGUAUACAUUUAUGCUUCUCCCCCACCUCCAAUCCACUAUUAAGGAUUUCUAGGAGCGCAGCCAUUCUCCAUAAUCAAUCGAAUUUUUGUCUGAAGAACAAAAUAAACGCUGCCUUCUUGCGGAAAAAAUUAAAACAUCAAUAGUAUAAAGCAAUUGCUUUAUGGAAUAAGAUAUUCAAUUGAAAGAUUGAUUCUUCGUUACGAUAUAGACCAGUUUGCUUCUACUUCUCUUUUGGCCUUCUUGCACAUUGUCCUCGUUUUAUUCAUUUCCUAUAGUAGUUAUUGCAAGUUGUUUUCUUGUAAUACCUUGGUGUACUUUGUGCAUAAAUCAAUAAAAAGAUCAAAUUCGUUA